AUGCAUAGAGAAGAACAGAACGAAGAACCGUAUUCAAUGGUCUGAGCUCAUGAGAUCAGGGCAACAAACAUCACACCAGCACCAUUGCAAUGUUUGCCAUUUCUCGAGUGAUGUUUCUUCAUCUCCUCCUAAUUGUCAUCCUGCACAUUUCUUCAGCUUCAGGGAAGACAGGCUACAACAACACUGGCAGGGGCCGGAGCCUUGCACGAAUGUAUAAUACAUUACCGGAUGAGCAAAAGGAGCAGAUACAAAGUAAUGUCAUUGUACUGCUGGUUCCUCUCCUCUGCCUCCUUGCCAUCAUCAUUGGGUUUCCUGCCAACUCGCUUGCCCUCUGGGUGCUGCUCUUCAGAACCAAGAAGCUCCCGUCCACCAUCCUGCUGAUCAACCUCACCAUCUGUGAUCUUUUGUUUCUGUUGGUGUUGCCUUUUCGUAUUGUUUAUCACUUCCGGGGCAAUGACUGGACUUUUGGUGAAUCAUUCUGUCGUAUUGUGAUUGCACUAUUCUAUGGAAACAUGUAUGGUUCAAUGGUUUGUCUGGCACUUAUUGCAGUGGAUCGCUAUGUAGCUGUAGUUCAUCCUCUUAGUGCCAAGUCGUUCCGCAGUAACAGGAAUGUUGGGUGUAUGAGCGUAUUGGUUUGGAUGGUGGUUGCAACAGCAGCUGUGCCCUUAUUAGUCUCCAAACAAUCUUAUAAAAUUAAGGACCUUCCUAUAACAACCUGCCAUGAUGCUCUUCCACCAGAUGAACAGGAAAACUUCUUUCUGCCUUAUUUUAUGGCCCUCUUCUCAAUCUUUUUCCUGCUUCCGUUGCUGGUAGUGGUGUUUAGUUAUGUUUCCAUCCUACGUACCCUUAUGGGUAAAAUGCAACGUUAUGCCUACGCUGUGAGAGUAAUUGUGUUGAUGUUGAUAGUGUUUGUGGUUUGUUUUUUGCCAAGCAACAUUCUUCUACUGUUGCAUUACUCAAAAUCAGACUUUAUUAAUAAUGAUCUUUACAUUCCAUACCUGAUCAGUUUGUCUCUCAGUACCUUUAACAGCUGCAUUGAUCCCUUCAUUUUGUACUAUUCGUCUAAAAACUUCAGGAAGAGAUGUAAUUUUAAAAAGUGCAUUUAAAGUACAUCUAAUGCAGUAGUGCUGUUUUUUGCGUUUAUUUUCAUUUCUGUUUUGUCCGAGGGAGUUUCCUGGACAGGAUUUAGAUUAAUCCAGGACUAGGCCUUGGUUAUAUUAGGACAUUUAAGAAGUUUCUACAAACAAACCUUACAAAAACAAUACUGUGUUGUACAUCUUGAGACAAAACAAUGGCACUGAUAUAUGUUAAGA